UGUAGUACCACCUUCUUCAUAAGCUUAAUUUCUUAUUCGGAGAGACAUGAACUUCCUCAAGCUUCUCCUUAUGUUGGCUAUGGUUAUGGCCUUGGCGGCCAUUACCCUCUCCGCCAGCACAAGUGAAACUUCUCAUCUUUCCCCGGCGGAUCGCCAAAUGCCAACACCGUUUCGAGGAGCGGGUCGAUUUCUCACCCAAAAACCUCGUCCCGCCUUCACAUGCGACCGACACCCUGAAAUUUGCAACACGAGGGGCAGCCAAGGACCGUUUUGCUGCAACAAAAAAUGCGUGGACAUCAUGGGGGACAAAUUCAACUGUGGGAGGUGUGGGAAGAAGUGUAACUACUCCAAGAUUUGCUGUCAAGGGAAGUGUGUGAGCCCAUUGUCCAACCAGAAGCACUGUGGAGGAUGCAACAACAACUGCGGUAAAGGAAACUCGUGUGUAUAUGGGAUGUGCAGUUAUGCAUAAUA